AUACUUUAAAAUGUUUAAUUUAACAAAACAUUAUAUUUCGAUUUGGUUCUUUGUGUAUUAAAGAUGAAUGAAAUACCUGCAACUUCUUUGCACGACGCCGUGAUGCACGGUUCGCACGAUCGUGUCACAGCGCUAAUUGAAAAUGGCGCUGACGCGGACGAAAAGGACGACAAUGGGAACCCACCUUUAUUGUUGACCGUGUGCAUUCAGGAGGAGGAGAUUUACAAUGGGAUUGUGUGGACCUUAAUUAAAAACGGGGCAGAUGUCAACGCGAGCAACAAAGGAUUAACCCCUCUGUACAAUGCAGUUUUCUACAGAAGAAUAAAAUCAAUAAAAAUGUUAUUAGAAGCUGGAGCUUGGCUAAAUAAACACUCCAAUAAUUAUGAAUUACAUUUACUAGCUCAAAAUGGGGACAAAGAAAUAUUGGAAUUAUUUUUAAAAGAUUCCAGAUGCACCUCCACAUCAGUUAACUUACCAGAUUCCAAAGGACGAACAGCAGUUUAUUUUGCAGCGGAAAAUUGUCACAAGACAACAUUAAAAAUGCUUUUGAAUCACGGAGGAGUCCUGAGUUGCACUUGCGAGCGAGGAAACGUAUUUGAAGCUAUUUUCGAGGAGGUUAGCUCUCCCGUCGAAUUCCUGCAAGAACUCUUAAGCGCUCAAAUAUCCCUGAGGAAAGUGAAAAUAAACGGAAUGCAGAAGAAAAAUUAUAAUAUAGAUUUCGGUAUACUGGCACCGAAUACAUCGGAAAGACAGAUGGAGGUAAUAAGUAACUUGGUAGCUUCAGCUUCAGAGGAAGAGAGAACAGAGGUUUUACAGCAUCCACUUAUUGAUUUAUUUUUGACUUUGAAAUGGGCCAAAACAAGUUUAAUAUUUCAUGGUUUAAUAGCUAUUUAUUUAAUCCUAGCUAUAGUUAUGGGUGUAUAUGUAACAAUAUUUGUUCAUGAUGUCAAACGAGAAAUGAGGAUUCUGAGGAUGUUUAUAAUUUGUAUAAUGUUUUUUACAUCCGUACUUAUUCUUGCUUAUGGGGUAUUACAGUUUGUUUUAGAAAAACGAAACCAUUUUAGAAGAUUUGAAAUGUGGACCAACAUUAUAUGCAGCAUUCUCUCACUAUCAGUGGCUAUAAUGGCGUUCUUUGACUUUGAUAAUGGAAAUAUUAGGGAAAGCCCUAAUUGGGUGCUUCACGUAACUAGCAUUGCCGUGCUUCUGGCCUGGAUAGAAUUAAUGCUGUUAAUUGGACGAUUGCCAACUUUCGGAUACUAUGCACUAAUGUUUGCCGCCGUCUUGCAAAACGUUAUUAAGGUCCUAGCCACAUUUCUUUGCCUAAUGAUAGGAUUCGCCUUAUCGUUCUCAAUACAAUUUUAUGACGUCAAGCAGUUCAGCACUCCCUGGCUAUCUCUGGUUAAAACUUCGGUGAUGAUGAUGGGCGAAUUGGAAUACAAAGGGCUUUUUCAUUCGGAAAAGUACGCUCUUCAUGUGAACGUUGCCUCGCAGGUCAUGUACUUGUCCUUUAUUAUCUUAACCAGCGUCGUUUUAAUGAAUUUAAUGGUUGGGUUGGCGGUUAGCGAUAUACAAGGUCUACAAAAAGCAAGUUUGUCAAAAAAACUGGAAAAACAAGCAGAUUUUUUGAGGCAGCUGGAAGAGUUGAUUUACCUUUUUAAAAGAAACGAUUCCAAAAAAAUGCCAAGGUGGAUUAAAAGUUUGUUUGUAAAGAAUAUAAACAUAUCAACAAAUUUUACCAUAGAAGCAUCGGCAAGUUUUAGAAAAAAUAGUCAGCUAUCUAAGAGAUUAAUUGAUACUAUUGUUAGCAUUGGAAAGAAGAGGAGUGGCUAAUGUGUUUAAAUAUAACAUU